UCAAUAUUCCAAACUCCAAAAAAAACCCAUUCAUUUUGUGUACACAAUCGGUUGAUGGGAUCAGGUCUCUCGUGCAAUCACCGGAGCAGCACGUUGCUUCGCCAUCAUCAGCCGGCGGCGGCGCCGCCGGCACAGGUCAUCGCCGCCGACGGGUCGCUGACGGAGGUCGCCGCCGCCGCCGCCUCCUGCCCUGUCAGCGUAUCCGACGUGCUCGGCGGCAAUGCCGGCCGGCUCUUCCUGUGCAGCUCCGACGCGCUCUACUUCGACGUCGACGUCCCCGCCCUCGACGGCGGCGAGCUACUCCGGCCGGGGCAGAUAUACUUCCUGCUCCCCGUGUCCAUGCUCGGGCGGCCCCUCUCCGGCGUCGACAUGGCCGCGCUCGCCGUGCGCGCCAGCGACGCGCUGGUGGCGAGGGCGCGGCCUCGCCACCAGCGCGGCGGCGGCGUCAAGAAGGUGCGCAUCAUGCCGAUGCUCGCGGCGAACGGAUGCGGCGGCGACGACCGCGACGGCGAAAUCAACGAGAAGCUUGCCGCCACGUAG